AUGGGCGACUCCAACUCAGGACACCCUCCGCCCGCAGCUCCCGAUGCUGCCCACAAGGCGACUGCCUCGUCGCCUCCAUCGGCAUCUCGCUACCUCCCCACGUCCGGCUCUAUCCUCCGUCUCCUCACACAUACCCAGAACGCCUCGGCACUGUCGUUUGGCGUCUUUAUGACGCUGCACCUUGCCGCGCCACUUGCGGCUGCUGUGGGCGGUUUGAAUGCCGCUGACGGUGUCAUGGUACUUGGCCGAGAAAUCUACCUUCCCCUGGAACCAGUGCUGGUGUACGCGCCGCUGUUCGUCCACCUCGUGUCCUCGGCCACCCGCCGCGCCGUCAUCACCUACAAGACGGGCAAGGUGAACCUGUCCACCCACGCCAUGACGGGCUACAUUCUCGCGCCCCUCGUCGUCCCGCACUUGCUCCUCCACCGCCUGAUUCCGGCGUCGCCCUCGCCGCCCAUCUCGGGCCUGUCGCCGUCCGAAUUUGGCUUUGAGUUUGUCGGCUAUGCGGCCGCGUCGAGGGUGUGGAUGAACAUUGGCUACCUGGCGCUCACGGGCUUUGGGCUGUACCACGCGUUUGUCGGCGGGAUGAAGGUGCUCGGCUGGGCGAGGCGGGUGCUGGGCAGGUCCAAAGCCCAGGCGCCAGCGGCCGUCAAGGGCGACGUGAGCGCCGCGCCGAGGAAGAUUGGCAAGGCGCGGAGGAUUGGCCUAAAGGGUAUUGUCGCCACGCUGGUUGGUGUGGUCGGUAUUGGACUGCUCAGGCUCGCGAGGGAUGCCAAGGGCAUGGGCUCGUUCACUGCUUCCAGGUAUGAGGCAGUGUUCGCCGCUGCGCCAUGGACCGCUCUCGGUCUCCGGUAG